AGAACGGGGAGUACUUUAAACCACCUACAAACAACAAUAAUUAAAAAAAAUGUAAAAUUUUGAAUAAAUAAAUAAAUGAAUAAGCAAAGUGAAAAUCGAAACACCUCCGCCCUUAAAUCUUGUCUAGAAGUAGAACCCUCAAAUCUCAGAAAACUUUAAAUUCUGCGAUUCAAUGUCAAGAUAUUUGACGGUCGAAAUCUUUGUCUGCAAAUUUUUCUCUCUGCCACUCCAUGAUUUCAUGAAGCCCUGUUCAAUCUGCAAAUUCAAUGUUCUUUUCUCUCUCUCCCCUCAUUUCUUCUCAACAAGGAGCGAGAGCCCCGCAGUCUACGAUUUGUUGGUGAACAAACACCACUUUUCACCUCAAGUCGCUUCAUCAGUCGCCUCGGAUCUAACCCGAUCGAGAAGCCCGGAAAAGGCCGACUCAAUCCUCUCAUUCCUAACAGAGAGCGGUUUCUCGAGCACUCAGCUCGAGAAGCUCGUGAAAUGCAAGCCUCGGAUUCUCACGGCCCCUUUCGAGGACGAAAUUAGGUCAAAAUUCAAAAUCUUCCGAGAAUCGGGGUUGUCCCCCGAAGACAUCGCCCACAUCACCUCAAGCAAUCAGGUGAUCCUGCAGCUGAGCGCCAAGAAUCGGAUCGUUCCGUCGCUAUCUCUGUUGCAGAGCUUUUUGGGAUCCGAAUCCGAUCAUCAAGAUGUGGCCAGGCUUCUGAAGAAAUGCCCGUGGUUUCUGACCGUAGAUUUGGGGAAAAUCCUGAUGCCAAACGUCGAAAUCCUCAAGGGCUACGGCGUAGCCCUGGCGGAUAUACGCAGAAUUCUCUUCUGUUUCCCGAGAUUCAUGCUGGUGAGGCCAGAAAUCAUGAGGAAAUCCGCGGAGAAGGCGGAGGAAAUGGGGGCCUCGCGGAGCUCCAGAAUGUUCAUCUAUGGUGUUCGAUCAUUUGCCUCAAUGAGCGACGAGGCGUGGCAGCGCAAGCUGCGGGCCAUGAGGGAGAUGGGGUUUUCCGACGGGGACUUGGCGGCGAUGUUCGGGAAGGCCCCCAUGGUGUUCCUGGUGGGGGUGAAGAAGAUCAGGAAGGUGAAGCAGCUCCUCGUGGCGACGGGCAAGUUCGACACCUCCAGCAUCGUGGAUCACCCUUGUUUGCUCGGGUGCAGCAUCGAGCGGCGGCUGAAACCGCGCCUCCGGAUUUUGGGGAUUCUGGAGAGGAAGAAGCUGAUCGGGAAAUGGCCUUCUCUUGGGACCAUCUACACCAUGUCCAACCCUAACUUCUUGGAUCGAUUUGUGUGGCGGUAUUCGGAGAAAGUCGGCAAGGCGUUCGAGACGAUGGCUUACAUAAAGGGUAUUCGGAAAUGAAUAGCCUUCGUUUUCCAAAAAAAGGAUCUGUAUUGUGCCGUUUUUAAAGUUUCUUUAUUAAUUUAUAUAAUCUAUAUAAUAUGGAGUAUAAAAUAAGAGUUUUUUUCCUUCA